AUGAAUAAUAUAACGAAGCAACCAAGCUUAAUCAAUAAUAAUUCUAGUACCAAAAUUAUAUCAGAUGAUGGAGCUGAUGAUGAAGAGGAGGAAAAUAGCGCUAUAGCAAAGCAAGAACAGAGUCCUGAUUUACUUCAAAACUCCAUGUCGAAACCCAAAAAAAUGAACAUAAAAGUAGUUGAUGAAAAAGUGGAAAAAACUAAAACUCAAUCCCAAGUUCGUAAAGAGACUACAGGGAAAACUGAAAAAUCUCAUGUUACACACGAAUCAGAAGAUUUGGAAGAAAAAGAACAAGAAGAAAAGUUUUAUGAUAUCAACUUUACGAAUGAUAAAAUAGCUAGUAUUAAGCCUACAAACGCUUUGGUAACGAACAAGGAUAUUCCUAAAGAUGUGGCUAUUGCUAUUCAAGCACUAGGUGAGCUAAAGAAAUCUAAAAGAUCUCAAUUAUUAAAUCAUAUUAAAAGCAACGCAGUGACCUUUUAUGAGAAUAGCAAAAUGCACUAUCAAAAAGUUGAGGCAGAAUUGAAGCAACACAAAAACAGCGUUGUGAAAAAAUUAGAAGAAACCGGUAAUAAUAUUUUAAAAAGAAGACGUGAAGAAGGAGAAGAAGAAGAAGAAGAAGAAGAAGAAGAGGGGAAAAAGGUGGAAAAGAAAGAGAGGAACAAUGAUAAUAAUGUCACUUGUGUUGAUGCCACCGGUAUACCUAUAAACCAGCCUAAAAAGAAAAGUAAAUGCACCACUACAAAAACAUAUAACAGUAUUACAAUGGAUACUAAUACUAAUAUAGUUUCUAAGGCUGUGCCUACCACUAAAAAUGGCAAGAAAAAACGUGGUAAAAUAUCUCAGGCACUACAGAGAAAAAAAUUAAAAAUGUCAAUUGAAUCUAAAAAAAAAUUGUUCACCUGCUUGCAUUUAUUAAAAUUAGCUAAUAAAAAUCUAUCUAAUAAAGUUAAUUUUCUACAGGAUUUGGUACAAAAGGAACAAUGCAGAAAAAAAGAAAAUAAUUCUAUGGCCAUUGAAACUAAGGGUAACAGUGAAGUUUUUGUUGAUGCUAGCGACCAAAUACUCAAAAUGGAGGUCAUUGGCACUGUCAAAAAAGUUUACACUUUGAUAUCAAAAUAUACUGGUAAUUCUUUGCCUGAACCAGCAAGAUCUAAAGUUAGAGAAACUUUAUUAAAACUACCUGCUAAAUGGUCUAUGAGCAUAUAUGAACCAAGUAACAACAACAACAACAACAGUAACAGUAACAGUAACAACAGUAACGACAAUAACAACAACAGCAACAGUACCAACAACAACAACAACAAAGGGAAUGUUUUAAAUAAAAUAAGCGGUAAUAAAAAAAUAUUAGUGCUAGCCAAGGAGUCCUUAGAUAUGGUUAGUAAUGUGAUAGAUGUUGUUGAUGAAACGUUGGGCAAAGCUGAAGAAUGGGUUAAGCAUAAACAGCUUUUGAAAGAAAUGUUGAGAGAAAAGUUAGAAAAAAGAAUUCAUGAUAGUACUUCGACACCAAAUGUUUCCAAAAUUACUAACGACAAUAAUAAUAUUUUGUCAUUGGAAACUUCCAAUUCUAAUAAUAAUAAUGACACUAAAGAUACACGAGAUAAAAUAACAUUAAUAUCCGCUAAUAAUAAUGGUGAUAUUCAAAAGGAAAAUCAACGGGAUAAACAACAGGAUAAAAUAAUAAUAACUAAUAAUAUUAACGGUGAUAUUCAAAAGGAAAAUCAACAAGAUACAACAAAGAAAGAAUAA